AUGUCGUCAUCUGUGUCUCUGCCAACGUCACUAACGUUUAGAGAGCUCCUGGCCACGUCUGUUACUGGUGCAGUGGUCUUCCCAGCUGUUCUGGGGCUCGGGCAGGUUGCAGUGUUCAAGCCUCUCCGUCUCACUCACAGCAGUCCGCUUGCCUCAGUGUGCGGCUGUGUAUCCGUCCUGGCAGCCGGUUGUGCGGCCUCGGCAGCUGCAGUCCAGGUCAUAUCUCUCUCACGUCGCUGGCAGAGCAUCUCAGACACUACACAGGCCCCUGCAAGCAGCGCUAAUAGCUCAGUAGAUUUCGGAGCUCAGGAACUGCUGGUGUCAACUGUCGCUAGUACAGUUCUGUUUCGAGCACUCGGCGGUCGGUUUUCCUCUGUUCUCCCAAGUCAUCUCCUGCGACCGGGAGCGUUUGCCAGGGAGUGGAUCCCCGUACGAGCGACGCAGGCCACAGAGAGACAACGAACCAUCGUUCGAGAGUUAGGUAGACGCCACGGAUGCCACUCUUGUGGUACACGCAGUGUCAAACAGUUCCAUGCUGAUCACCAACCGCCCACCAAGCUCCACAACAACGGGGGGAAAACUCCCGGGAAUAACGGAACAGGAUCGCAGAGACUGUACCCACAGUGUAACAAGUGUAGCAGUGUGCAGGGAGCCACUCUGGCACAUAGUGGAGCAGCAGCUAAGAGCAAGUGGAGUGUCAUACGAACUCACCCUCUGAGCCUGAGAAGCUACCACCUUUUUCUACCGGUACCUCUAGCCGUGGCGUACUUGAAGAGAUCCGGAGGUUUGGUUACGCAAUCCAACACCUCGCCUCUCAGUGCGUCUUCGAAGGCAGUUUCAGAGAGGGGAGAUGGGACAAAAGAAGCAGAGAGAGGGGGGAGGGAGAGAGAGGCAGAACAAAAGCGGACUGUGUCAAGAGAAGUCGCUCGACCUCAGACGGGACUCCAUGCCCUGUUUGGGGAUUCAAACCUCCCCAAUCUGAUCAGGGACUUCCCCCUGUUGAUUAUCUGGAACAGGCUAGUGUACUUCCUGGACUCGUUUCGAAAUGCUGGCGACGCCUUCCACAUUACACUUCUGGCCUUUUCUGUUGUAGCAGCACUCGGCACCAUCUGA